CGAUUUUAAUUUUUCGUUUCUGAGCUUUUGGUCUCUCUCUCUCACACACACACUCUCUGUGUUAUGUUCCCUCCUUCUAGAAUAUAAAUUCACGGGAGAACACGCGAAAAUCUUUCGAUUCCGGAGAGGAAAAUUUGGAUGGUUAAAUUGGAGGGUUUUCCAGGAUCCCGAGGACGAAUCUCGGUUCAAUUUACGAAGAGAGAGAAGAGCAACAACAACAAUACCACCCGUGGUUGAUUAUUCUUGAAGCUGAAUCGAAUCGUAUAUAGAGAGAGAGACCCAGAUAGGUGAAUAGCGUUUAGAGAGAGAAAGGUGAAGUGGCGUUGUGUAAAGUUUGGGUUUUGGUUUGUUUGUUGUGGGUGGUGGGGUGAAAGGGAAAUAUGACGGAAGUGGUACUGCAUAUAUAUGAUGUGACAAAUAGUGGAUCCGAGAAAACUAACAACACCAUUGUUCAGAUCAACAAGAUCUUCAAGGAUGGGAUUGGUCUCGGUGGCAUCUUCCAUAGCGCUGUGCAGGUUUAUGGAGAAGAUGAAUGGUCAUUUGGAUUCUGUGAGCAGGGUACCGGAGUUUUUAGUUGCCCGUCUGGAAAGAAUCCAAUGUAUACAUAUCGUGAAUGCAUUGUUCUGGGGAAAACAAACUCUUCCAUUUUCAAGGUAAAUCAGAUACUGAGAGAACUCAGUAGAGAGUGGCCAGGGAGUUCAUAUGAUCUGCUUGCCAAAAACUGCAAUCACUUCUGUGAUGAAUUCUGUGAAAGGCUUGGUGUACAAAAGCUUCCAGGUUGGGUCAAUAGGUUUGCCAAUGCUGGUGAUACUGCUAUGGAAGUGGCUGGAAAUACAGCAUUACGGUUCCGGCAAGCUAAAACCGAGAUUGUAUCAGCAAGCAAAGUAGCAUACCGGUUCCUCCUAGGUGUUACAAAUAAUGUUGCCAAUAAUGUUAAAAAUGGUCCGGAGUCCCCCAACAAUUCAAACAGAGAAGGGUCUCCUAGAUUUCAAGCUUCUUGGUUGAAAAAUAUUAUUGCUAAUGGUGCGAAUGCGAAACCUUCUACCAGUUCAGAAGGUGAGAAUCAGAAUGGAGUUGUGCCUCUACCACCAACGCGAGAAGAUGACAAGGUGUUGCUACAUAGUUCAUCUUCACAUGAUAGUUGAGGGAGUCUUCGUCAAAAGCUUAGUUACGCUGUGUAAUGUAAUUUGUAAGUCACAAAGUAAACGAAAUUUUACGUGUUAUUCAUUUGUGUAUCAAAUGUAAAAUUUUUCGUUUCUUGUUUAACUCAAAAUCUUAUUGGUUCCCCGUGAGACUAUGUUCUUUGAAAGGCAAUUGUACUCUUUUCUCCUCCCUCAGAACAUGACUCUAUCAAAUUUAAUGUAGACAGCUUCAGGGUAAAGACAUGAAUGAUUUAUAAUUAUUGCUAGUUUUGUGAUAA